AGUCCGGGGAGGUCUCGGGCGGGGGGGGGGGGGGGGGAGCGUUAAAACCGCCCCCGCGACAAACCCGAAGGGGCGCGGCCGGGGGACCCUUCUCCCUGCCGGUCUCCACCUCUGGCAGCCGUGGGACAGCGCCCCAAAACGCCCGCGGGCACAGCGCUCUGGCCCCCGGUCGGCUCCGCCCAAGACUCCCGCGGCAGGAAGUAGGGCGAGCGGGGCCGCACGGCACCCUAGUGCUCCGAGGCCGGAAGUGGGGCGUUCGGCCGCCGGAAACCGCAGGCCGCCGGGAGGUCGGAAGUGAGGGUCAGAGCCGCCGGGAACUGUAGUUUUGCGGGAGGCGGAAGCGUGGCUAGCGGCCGGGCGACAUGGCGGGCCUGGAGCUGCUGUCGGAUCAGGGCUACCGGGUAGACGGACGGCGCGCCGGGGAGCUGCGCAAGAUCCAGGCGCGGAUGGGCGUGUUCGCGCAGGCCGACGGCUCGGCCUACAUCGAGCAAGGCAACACCAAGGCGCUGGCGGUGGUCUACGGGCCGCACGAGAUCCGGGGCUCCCGGGCACGAGCCCUGCCUGACAGGGCCCUGGUGAACUGUCAGUAUAGUUCUGCGACCUUCAGCACGGGCGAACGCAAGCGGCGACCACAUGGGGACCGUAAGUCUUGUGAGAUGGGCCUGCAGCUGCGUCAGACCUUCGAGGCGGCCAUCCUUACACAGCUGCACCCACGCUCCCAGAUCGAUAUCUACGUGCAGGUGAGCAGGUGCCAGGCCGACGGUGGGACCUACGCAGCUUGCGUGAAUGCAGCCACGCUGGCAGUGCUGGACGCCGGGAUACCCAUGCGGGACUUCGUGUGCGCCUUCGCUGGCUUUGUGGACAGCACGGCCCUGGCGGACCUCAGCCACGUGGAGGAGGCAGCUGGUGGCCAGCUCGCCCUGGCCCUGCUGCCAGCCUCAGGCCAGCUUGCACUGCUUGAAAUGGACGCCAGGCUGCACGAAGACCACCUGGAGCAGGUGCUGGAGGCUGCUGCCCGGGCUGCCCGUGACGUGCACACCCUGCUGGACCGUGUGGUUCGGCAGCAUGUACGGGAGGCCUCCAUUUUGCUAGGGGACUGAGCGUCUGGCCCCCCGGGCCCGGAAUAAAACACACAGUGCGCUGUAC